UAGCUUGCUACACGACUGGCCCAUGUUGUCACUGUGCUGUAUCAUUAUCUAAAUUCAACCAAUGGUUUUCUUCUUUUCCUAACAUAGCACAUCGUUUUCAUGGCUGUCAAGUUUUCUUUCUGUGCAGUGGAUGUCAGACAGCUAGUCUAAAAACCAAGUGGUCUUGGAGGCUUCAUGCUGUCCAUUCCUGCCCGUGUCCUGUGCCAAGUGUCAGCAUGGAUGAAGAAACACUUGAGGCGGCCAUCAGUGCCUAUGGUGUCCAGCUGCAGCAGGUAGAGACUGCCCUGUCUGCUGGUCUGGACCCUUCCCACCAGUCAGACCUGCUAAAACUGAAAGAUGAUCUCAAUCAGCUGAUAGAGCUCACGGAGUCCAGCCUGGUGUCUGUCAAAAAGAGUCGGCUUCUGGCCAGCCUGGAGGAGAUCAGUGGACUUCAGGCUAACACCUCAACCGCAGCAGCUGACACAAACGGAGCACACUGCAGUUUGAACGAUGAAUUUGCUGCUUUCUACACUGAACUUGGGGAGUCGUCAGGUAGUAGCUCUGACAUUAGAGAGAAAGACAAUGAGGAGGAAGCUGGAGGAGAGUAUGGUGAAGAUGAGGAGGAGGAGGAGGAGGAGGAAGAAGAAGAAGAUGCACUCAGUGGCACCAAAGUAAGAGCCCCGUACCGGACGUCAUGGGGGACCUUGGAGUAUCACAAUGCCAUGGUGGUGGGGGCAGAACCAGCAGAUGGAGAAGAGGCACAAGUUAGAGUUUUCUACGUCUACCCCACCCACAAGUCUAUGAAACCUUGUCCAUAUUACCUAGAGGACAAAUGUCGCUUCCCGGAUACUUGCAGGUUUUCCCACGGUGAAGUGGUGUUUGUGUCGGAGCUUAGAGAGUUCAUUGAGUUCGACCUCAGUAAUCUGGAAGCAGGUUCGUCCUGCUUGGCUCGCCAUGAGGACGGCAUCUGGUACCCUGCCAAAAUCAAAGAAUUGGACAGUGGUUUCUUCACUGUGAAGUUUGACUCUGUGCUGCUGAAAGAUGUUGUGGUGGAGGCAGACUGCAUCAUCCCUCCUUUGAGAGAGGACGACCUGCCCUCCUCUGACUCUUCUGACUCUGGAGAUGGAGAUGAUGUGGCUUUUGCAAAAGUUAUGGACUCCGCUGUAGAUCCCGAAGAAAUGUUAAGAAGUGCAAAUUUCGGUGGCUGGGAGGCCCAUACCAGAGGCAUCGGAUCCAAGCUAAUGCUCAAAAUGGGCUAUGAAUAUGGGAAAGGCUUAGGAAAGACGCAGGAGGGUCGUGUAGAGCCAGUCAUGGCAGUCGUCGUGCCAAAAGGGAAGUCUCUGGACGAGUGUCCCGAGCUCACCCCGAGACGCCCCCGCAUCAAGGCUGCCAGAGAUGGGACGGAAACAGGUCGCCCAAAAAGAAAGCCUCGACGCAGAAGGCCUCGAGCCAACACUGGGGGGCGCAAAAACGUCUUUGACUUUCUCAACAACAAGCUAGGGGGCAAGAGUAUUGGUCCUGCUGAGGGGGGUGCUGCUGCUGCUGCUGCUGCUGUGUUAGCAACUGGGGUGGAGGCUUAUAGAGGGGGGAAAAGCACCAAGAGAACUCUGAAUGUAAAGGUGUUCCAGGCUGGUGAGAGGGUGUCCCAGACUGAGAGGGAGAUCCAGAAACUUACUGAGACACUCCGCAGACAGACAGGAAGGGAUGCCUCCAGAGUGAAGCAGCUGGAAGAGAACCUGUCAGCAGCACGCCAGUUGCUGGCCCAGCAGAAAGCCCAGGAGCUGUCCGUCCAGAGCCUGCACAGGAAGGCUGACACACACAAGAAGAUGACAGAGUUUUAAAAGCUCAGUUCCUUUCAAAGACUCAAAGAGGGUAACAGGAAGCACGGCCUGCCUGAAAUGAACUUUUGUCCCCUACCUGUUGUCAGUUAUUUGCUGCAGAAUGUUUUUUAGCAUUAUUUCUCACAGGCAUCGUGGACUCAAGCUGGCAGCGAUGCCCAUUUUAUGCAGAGUGCAGCAUUUAGUAAUGAUCAUUUCUGCUUCUUAUUUUAUUUUGAAGGACCGAGCGGUUUAUUUUGUUUGAGCAGUUGGUUUCAAAUUGUACAGUUCACACUUACGUAACAAACUUAAUUGUGUUUGUGAGGAGUAUUCUGUCUGUCAUUUUUUUGUAUGUCUAUUUUUCUUUAUAACCCUGAUCAUAAAACCCUGUUUGAAGAA